UCCGCCCCCAGCGGAGGCGGCCGAGGCCGGGGGCGUGUCCUGGGCGGGGCCUCGCCCCGCCCCGCCCGAUCGCGGAGCGGUGGCGGCGCAGGGAGGGCCCGGCCCCGGGAUGCCACACCCAACCCAGCUGUACCAGCAUGUGCCGGACUCACGCUGGCCCAUCGUGUACUCACCGCGUUACAACAUAACCUUCCUGGGCCUGGAGAAGCUGCACCCCUUUGACGCAGGAAAAUGGGGCAAAGUGAUCAGCUUCCUGAAAGAAGAGAAGCUGCUGUCAGACAGCAUGCUGGUGGAGGCGCGGGAGGCCUCGGACGAGGAUCUGCUGGUGGUGCACACGAGGCGCUAUCUCAACGAGCUGAAGUGGUCCUUUGCCGUCGCCACCAUCACAGAGAUCCCGCCGGUCAUCUUCCUGCCCAACUUCCUGGUGCAGAGGAAGGUGCUCAAGCCCCUGCGGACCCAGACGGGAGGAACCAUAAUGGCGGGGAAGCUGGCGGUGGACCGUGGCUGGGCCAUCAACGUAGGCGGCGGCUUCCACCACUGCUCCAGCGACCGGGGUGGAGGCUUCUGUGCCUACGCGGACAUCACACUUGCCAUCAAGUUCCUGUUUGACCGAGUGGAGGGCGUCUCCAAAGCCACCAUCGUGGACCUCGACGCUCAUCAGGGCAACGGGCACGAGCGUGACUUCAUGGGCGACAAGCGCGUGUACAUCAUGGACGUGUACAACCGCCACAUCUACCCCGGGGACCGCUUCGCCAAGCAGGCCAUCAGGCGGAAGGUGGAGCUGGACUGGGGCACGGAGGAUGAUGAAUACCUUCAGAAGGUGGAGAGGAACCUGGAGAAGGCGCUCCAGGAGCACCGGCCCGACGUGGUGGUGUACAACGCAGGCACGGACAUCCUCGAGGGGGACCGCCUUGGGGGGCUGGCCAUCAGUCCGCAGGGUGUCGUGAAGCGGGACGAGCUGGUGUUCCGGAUGGUCCGUGGCCGCCAGCUGCCCAUCCUCAUGGUGACCUCGGGCGGCUACCAGAAGCGCACGGCCCGCAUCAUCGCUGACUCCAUCCUUAACCUGUACAGCCUGGGGCUCAUCGGGCCCGAGUCCGCCAAUGUCUCAGCUCAGAACUCAGACUCGCCUCUGCUGCCCCCCGAGGUGCCCUGACCACGCUGCCCUCUCGGGGGCUGCCCGCCUGCUGCCCGUCCGCCCACCCACCGGCCCCCCCCACGUCUCCUCCUCCAGCCGAGGGGCAGGGGAUGCCUCGCGCAGCUCCGCUCACCCCCCGCCCCCCGGGUGUUGGGGGCAGAAGGCAGGGCCCGAGUCCCGGCAGGACCAGACCCUGCAGAGGUGGCCGUUCUCCCAGGAGGGAGGAGGCAGGUGAGGCUCCGGGUGCAGGGGGUUGCCCCCCAGGGUGGGGUGCUCUAGUUUUCAACACAGCAUGGCCGUUUCAGACUGAGGAGGCUUGCAGGACCUCCCUCCUGCCUCUUCUCCGCCCUCUCCCCCUGCCGCCAGGGGUGGGACGUCCAAGAGGGGCUCAGCCCGUCUCUUGGGUGGGAUUCCCAGGCAGCAGGGAGGAGCCCGUGUCCUGGAUGUGGGGUCGCAGGGAAGGGCGUACAGGCGCAGAUGGGCUUUCCCAUCUGAUGUCCCCUCCCAUCAAUAAAGGAAGGGCUGGACCCGCUGUCCCUGCGCCCCUCCCCGCUCGUGGAGAGGGGGAGCAUGUUCCACCAACAUGUUGCUUGUCCAGAGGGAAGGGCAGGCUUGGGGUGGGGGGGCAGGGGACGAGCUCUGGGCUCAAGGACAGGACAGGCCUAAGCUCUGGAGGCCAGAGGAAAGCGAGGCCCAGCCCAGGAGACCAUGGAGGGGCAGGUGGCCCAGUGGGGUCCCACAGGCCCCGAGGCCCAGGUGGGGACCGUGGUGCUGGUGACACCAGGCUGGGGUUGCUGGAGGUGAGCGGAGGGUCUCCAUCCUGGCCUACAGUGGGUAGGGGUUGGUGCUGGGGUGGGGCCCAGGUAGGGCUACAGCCUCCACCGGCCUCCCCGAAAAUGCCAGGCCUGCCCUGCAUCUGGGGUCCCAGGUGGGCCCUGACCUUGUCCCCGGCUCUACUCUGAAGGGGAUGCUCAGGACCCCUGGGAAGCCGGGGGUUGGCGAGGCAUCCAGCGCUCCACGGCCUGGGUGUGUUCUCAGUGAUCAGAGUUGGGGGAGGGAAGGUGGGCCGUCCCUGAUCAACCCCCUCUGGGACUCUGCUCCUCGCCACUUGGGGGUGCCCUGAAUUCUCCCACCUUCUCCCUCACACCCCCUCUGCUGUGGGGGCAGGGUGGGUCCCAAGAUGACCCCGUGUCACAAACACUUGGACGCCCCUCUGCCCCGCCCUGCCCCCCAGGCCCUGCACCUGACACCCCUUCUCCUCAACACGGGGCUGCGACCCCAGGGGGCAGGCGGCGACGGGCUUGUGUCCACGGAGCCUCUGUUCCAGAGAACCAUAAAGGCCCUUCCCGAUGCA